GUGAGUGUCAGCACCUCCCUGGCUCUCUCCGACCUGAGCGAACAGCUGGCCGGCAGCAUCCAGGAGGAGCUGCUGAGGGAGAUGGAGGAGAUGAGAUCAGAGAACGAGUACCUGAAGGAUGAAAUUGAGGAGCUGCGGGCAGAAAUGCUGGAGAUGAGGGACAUCUAUUUGGAAGAGGACGUUUACCAGCUGCAGGAGCUGCGGCAGGAAUUAGACCGAGCAAACAAGACGUGUCGAAUCCUUCAGUAUCGACUGCGAAAGACUGAGCGAAGGAGCCUUCGGGUGGCACAAACCGGCCAGGUCGAUGGAGAGCUGAUAAGGAGUUUAGAGCAAGAUGUGAAGGUCUCAAAAGACGUGUCGGUGAGGCUACACGGUGAGCUGGAAACCAUAGAGAAGAAGCGAGUGAGGCUGGAGGACGAAAACGAAGACCUUCGUCGGAGGCUAAUUGAAGUGGACGUUUCGAAGCAGGUGCUGCAGAGCGAAAUGGACAAACUGAAGGAGAGCACCCUGAAGAAAAGAAGUGGGCGAGUCUCCAACAAAGCGGAAAAGAAAGCCACCCUCCAGGAGGACAGCGCUGAUCUGAAAUGCCAGCUGCACUUUGCCAAGGAAGAGGGCGCCGUCAUGUGCAAGAAGCUGACCAGGCUGGUGAAGGAGAACGAGAGCAUGAGGGAGGACCUAGCCAAGUACAGCUCACUCUACGGCGACCUGGACGUCGGGGUCUCACUGGGGGACAUCGCGGAGUCUCCCCACGCCAGGGAAGCCGAGUUCAAACACCAUCUGCGGCUGGUGGAGGAGGAGGCUAACAUCCUGAGCAAGAGGAUCGUGGAGAUGGAGGUGGAGAACAGGGGACUGAGGGCAGAGAUGGACGAGGCGAAGGGGGGCUGCGAGAAGGAGCAUUGCGAGCAGGACGUCCGGCCGGGCGUGGGCGAGUUCGGGGAGAGCGUGGGCGAGCUCAGCCGUCACCUCCAGUUCGUGGAGGAGGAAGCCGAGCUGCUCAGGCGCUCGCUGGUGGAGAUGGAGGAGCAGAACAAGCACCUGAUGAACGAGCUGAACGGGUGCAAGUCACAGCCUGAGGGGGAGGCCAUGGCGGGCAGGGCAGGAGGCGGCUGCUGCCCGGCUCCGCUCGAGGCCUCCCGCGAGGAGCUCGUGGUGGCCAGGCACCAGCUCAGCGAACUCCACGGCAAGGUCAAGAAGCUGGAGUACGAGAACCGGGUGCUGGUGUCUCACCUCCAGCGCUACGACCUGGCCUCCGAGCAGUGCCAGAAAUGCUCGCGGGACUACGACACCGAGGUCAGCGACUCAGGAGAGUUCUCCUUGCUCUCCGAGCCGGCCAGGAGGGAGGUGCCAAUCGGAGGGGAGAACGACCCCAGGGAAAGCCAGGAGAGGAUGUCCGGCAGCGGCAGCAGCAGGGUGGCCGAGGCCGAAGACGAGGAUGACGGGGACGAGGGGAGAGGAGGAGCGAGGUUCCUGGGCGCCAAGGACAUCCAGACUCUGUUGGGUAUCAAAGAGCAAACCGGCCUGGUGUGCGGUGUCAUCGAUCUCCUCAUCGCAGACACCAACAGCUUGAGUUCUGGUGGCGAGCACUGCCGGCCCAGCGACCCGGUGUGCCAGGCUGCCGGCGACGAGGGGCUCCAGGACGGAGACGGCGAUUUGCUGGGCGCGGUGAACUCCAGGCUGCGCGACCUGAAGGCCGAGCUGACGUCCAUCACCGAGAAAAUCAGCCGCCUCGGCGAGGGUCUCGGGGAACAAGGGGAAAGUUUGUCUCCUUUACCGGCCCUGACCGAGUCGGCCAGCUUCCUCUCCACCAUGACCUCCAUUUCUCAGGAUUCACCGGAGGAUCCUGGGGGAAAAGGGUUUGGCAACGAUUUUAUGCAGCCUGACUUUAGGGACACUGGUGAUUGGCAGCACAGUGCAUCCCCAACCCCAGAGAUCUGCAUCAUCAGUGCUGACACAGACGAAGGCAAGGAAUACACCAAGGAGUACAGGAACUUCAGGCACGAGGAAAGUGACUCCUACGCUUCUGAGGUCAAAGAGCUGCAGCUGGAUCUGUCUGAAGCCAAGGACACGAUCCGGGGUCUGCAGGAGCAGCUCGUUCAGGAGAGGGAGCUUCGGAGCGAAGAGGCAGAGAGGUUCUGCCAAAAAGUAUCACAGAUUAAAGAGGAACACCAGAAGGCAUUGGUGAGGAGAGAUUUCCAGCUGCAGAGCUUGAAUCUUCAGACCAGACUUGAGCAGAAGUUCUGGAGCCAGGAGAAAAAUCUGUUUGUGAAGGAAGUGGAUCAAUUCAGGCAGAAUCUCUUCUUGCUCUACAUGAAACUCAAGUGGUUCCUCAAGCACUGGAAAUACGGCGAGAAGAUAGACAGCGAGGGAGAUGAUUUGCUGGAGGUCAACAGCUUGAAAGACUUGUACUUGCUGAUUGAGGAGGAGGAACUGAGUCCACGCCAGGUGGACAACAAGGCAGUGACAGCAGAGGAUCAACCCUUGAAAACCUUCGAGGAGGGUUUGACUAUCCCAGUGGAGAAAUUCUGCGUUCCGACGUCAACUCGAAAGCAGUCGAGCGAAUACAGCGGAGUGGUGGGAGACAUUAAGGGGAUCUUGAAGGAGCUUUGCCGAGAGUUAACAGAGGAGAGGAGGCGAUCAAAAGAGCUUCAGCUGCAGUUUGCAAAUGCCAAGUCAGCCUGGGAGAUAGAAAAGGCAGAACUCAAGUGUCGCACGGCACAGCUACUGGACGGCCGUACAGGAAAGCUGCCCUCGGACAAGGUUCCGAGCGACCUGAAAAGUGCCCUGAAACGGGAGAGAGAGGAGCAUCAGCAGCUGCUGGCGGAGUCGUACAGCGCGGUCAUGGAGCUCACACGGCAGCUGCAGGUCAGCGAGAAGAACUGGAAGCAGGAGAAGCUGGAGCUGCUGGACAGGUUCAAGGCCGAGCAGAGGCUGUGCGAGCAGCGGCUGAAGGAGAUGCAGAAUAAGAUCAAUCAGACACUACAUCACAGCGAGGACGAGAAGGAGGCUUCUCACAACCUAGAGGUGAAAGGGACUAACUUGCAAAGACGGCCUCAGUGUGUGUGGGUUCAGCUGCCGUUCCCUCGCUGCGCAGACAGGAACGACACAGCUCCUGAGAGCUCAGCCGCUCGGUUGCUGUGGAAAUGCAUCCUGUUACUAAAGACGUUGGAAGCUGAAACCAUCGAAAGCUGCUCCCACUUGGCAUUGGAUCAGUCACGAGUACCCAGCCGCCUCGCUCUGUUGCCACAGCAACCUCCUCGCCCAGCUCAGUGA